CGUGCUGUCCACACCAACUGGACCUGACUGAGCACCUUCCGCUCUGGUCUUCCAUCCACACUGGGUCUGGCUCUGGAUUGCGACAAGGAGAACCCAUUCACAAGCAGAGCCUCUUCUGACCGGACUCGCAGGGUCCCCAGUGUGCCUGGCCUCCAGGGCUGCACCCACAGACGCCACAGUUUUCAUCUCCGAGUUGCAGCCAGCUCACCUCCGCUGUGCGUCUCCUCUGAGACUCCCCUGCGUGCUCUGGUCUGGCUGUGAGUCCACAGAAGAGGCUCCCCCUCCUCAGAGCAGCUCCGGCUGCUGCCGCCCUGUCCUCAAGCCUGAUCUGCCCGGCAGUGGAGCAGUUUCAGAGGCCAGCCAGGCCAACGACGUGCGCCAACGACGUACCACAGGCACAGCCCUGAGCGCAGAGGAGGCUCCUGGGACCUGACAGCAGCCAGCAGUGUCCUUUGGUCAGCUGUGACUGACCUAGACCAGAUGCAGCUCCUCCACCAAGAGCCCAGUCGGACAGACGGAAGGAAGCUCCCAGGGACAUGUGCCCAGGGCCUGGAAGCAAAGCCCUUCGGCAGGGCUCCUCAUGCCCGUGGUCAGCACACCGCUCCUGCCUGGCCUGGGUCUGGGCUCCUCCACACCCAGGCUGCCUGAGCUCUGAGGACGCAGCCCACCACGGAGCCCUGGGGCUCAGGCUGUCAGUCAGGCAGAGCCCUCCUGGGGCCACGUUUGCCCUGACCUUCCAGACCAGCGGGUCCCGCAGGAGCGCAUCCCAGCCCAGCUCCUCCCGUCUCUUGAGAGUAACUGGAGUCUCCAUUUGGUUUCUGAUUUGUUUUCCUUUGUUUUGUUUUGUUUUUAAGAUGGUCAUCUUGGUUUUUUUACAUAUAUACCUUUAUUUAUUUAUUUUUAUGUGCUGCUAAGGAUGGAACCCAGGGCCUCACACGUGCUACGCAAGCGCUCUACCACUGACCACAACCCAGCCCUUGGUUUCCUUUCCAACAAGCCACGUGCAGCUAGGGAAACAGUUCUGAGUCAUGUCUGAGAGAACUCAGGGGCCAACUGAGUCACCCCCUGCUCCUGUGUCCCUCAGUGGCUGGGUCCUCUGAGGGUCCUAUUGACUUGGGGGCCCCUGAGAGACCACCUCCUGCAAAGAAGGAAAAAUAAUAACAGUGGGGGAGUGGACAACUGCACAGCUCCCAGGCCUCACCUGAUCUCCCAGUUAGAGCCAGCCUGGUAGCAAAGCCAGGACUUCAGCCGACCCCUGCAUGUGCACAAGCCUCUGGAACCACUUUCUGGGGGCCAAACAGGAAGCAAUCUUUGUUACCCAACGUGCCUUUGUCUCAGUGCCGACUCAUAGAUAGGAGACUUCAGGAACAUGAGCAGGAUUCUCGUGUCCUCCAGAGUCUUUUAUUUUGACUCUGGAAACAGGAGAAGUGUCUGUUGCCUGUUGCAUCAUUUGCGUGUCUAACGAGGAAGGGUGCACGGUCCCCACGCUCAGCCUUUCUGAACAGCCCCUGCAUAGGGCAGCCAGAGCCAAGCAGCUCUGCUUUCACCAGGUGGGUGCCACGAGGCGGACAGCGCCUCUGUGGUCACGCCAAACAGGCGCCCCAGGAUCAAAAUAGCAGUCAGAUGACUGAAGGGCAAGCUUGCCACUCUGCCCAAAGCCAAGCACCCCCAGCAGCAGCAGCUAAAAAUAGGCGUGAAGGGCACAGGCCUGAGUCAGAGCCGGAGGGGAGAGUGCUGUCCUGCCUCGGGCUGAGGGCGCCAUGAGGUCGCUCCGCUUCAUUUCUGCUGAAGCCCUGGUGUCUCACCCCCUGCUGGCCCGGGAAAGCCUGGACAGCGUGGCCCACAACCUCUACCCACUGGUGUUCAAGGCCAGCUACCUGCUGGAGCAGACAGAAGUGACCCGUGCCGUGCUGGGAAACUGGCCACUGGAGGAGUUCCGACUGGCUGCGUUGUUGGGGCCAAGCACUGACCACCCAGAGGACCUGCGUGACCGAGCCUGCAGGGCCUGCCUGGAGGCCUGCAUACGCGGCCUGGCCGACCGCGUGCUGCAGGGCAGGGGCCGCUGGCUGCGGGUGGCAGACCUCACGGGCAUACGAGACGUGCAGGUGCAGCGGUGCCCCUGCGGGAGGGCCCUGGGAAGGUGGGGCCGCACUGAGCUGCUGGCCAGGACCUGCUGUGCGCUUCAGGCGGAGCCCUGCGUGGCCAGGCGCCCCACUGAAGUCCUCGUCGACCUCUUCGUCACCGAGGGCAACUUCGAGGUGGUGGUACAGGCCCUGCGGCCACCAGGCCCAGCCCCUCUGCAGGUGCGAUGCCCGUCCUUCCGGGCAGACAGCCUGAGCCCUGGGCAGCUCCUGCAUGUGCUGGGCCUGGCCAGGCCUGACGCACUGCGCAAGCUGGAGGUGGUUCACAACGUGCGGCUGAACGCGGGGCACGUGCAGCAGCUGCUGGCCCAGGGGGGCUUCCCCCAGCUGGUCUCACUCACCCUGCCCACCAGGGCCUUCGACAUGCCGCCCACCUCCACCCUGGUUCCCGAGGGUGAGGACCCCCUCCUCUCCUCCAUCGCCCGGGAACUCAGCCAGAUGACCCGGCUCGCAGAGCUGAGUGUGGCCUUCUCCACACUGACUGGGAAGAUCCAGACGUUGCUCAGCCCCCUCAGGACCCCGCUGCGAUCACUGGACCUGGCUAACUGUGCCCUGAACCAGGCAGACAUGGCCUUCCUGGCAGACUGUGUGCAUGCCACCCACCUGGAGGUGCUGGACCUCAGUGGACACAACGUGCUACACCUGUACCCCUCAGCCUUCUUCAGGCUGCUGCGCCGGGCCUCCCAGACGCUGAGGGCACUGACCCUGGAGGAGUGUGGCCUCGCGGACAGCCACGUGGGCAUGCUGAUCCUGGGACUGAGCCCCUGCCAGCAGCUGCGGGAGUUCCGGUUCCUGGGGAACCCGCUGUCUGCCCGCGCCCUCCAGCGCCUCUUCACUGCGCUCUGUGAGCUGCCUGAGCUGCGGCGCAUCGAGUUCCCGGUGCCCAAGGACUGCUACCCCGCAGGCACUGCCUACCCCCAGGAGGAGCUGGCCGUGUCCAAGUUCGACCAGCAGAAGUACGAUGCCAUCGCCCAGGAGCUGCACGCGGUGCUUCUGCGGGCCAACCGCGAGGACAUCCAGGCCUCCACGCCCCUCUUCGGAAGUUUCGACCCAGACAUUCAGGAAACGAGCGAUGAGCUCGGCACCUUCCUGCUGCAAGCUUUCAAAACUGCUUUAGAAAACUUUUCCAGAGCACUAAAACAAAUGGAGUAGGCCCUCCACCAUGCCAAGGGCAGUCUUGCGUUUCAGCCUGCACGGUGCCUGGGGCCAGUCCUGGGCCGCACAUUCAUCCCUAGUAUCACCACCAAAAGCAGUUCUAGUGAAAAUGGUAGGCACGCCUGCUAGGUCCAUAGGAGAGGAAGCCCUGCCCUCGAGAUGGGUCAGGCAGCAGGACCCUACGGCCUGGUGGAGACCCCAGGCAGGCAGACGUGGUAGUGAGUGGAGGCGCGACGGGCCCCAGGGCGGGCUGCAUGGGAGCAGGCCAGCUGGACUCCGCAGAGCGAGAGGAAGGAAAUGAGAACUUGUAACAGAGGAUGCUAAAGUAAGAAUCAGCCUGCAAACACAACAGACUGAGGAACAGACGGAAAGGUGAGCCCGGGCCUGUGCCCAGCAGGAGGCUCACACAGCCUGCUGGACGUGGCUGCUGGGCAGCGUGGCUGUGGGGCCAGCAGUGACAAGCCAGGUCUGUUUACUUGGACAGGGCCAGGAGCGUGCGGUGGCUUCCAGCUGGUGCCAGUGACUGUCCUCGCUUUGCUUUGAAUCUGAGUGAGGGUGUGCUGGCCUCAGCAGCAGGCCAGGGGACAGAGCGUGUGGCUGGUUUCUGGGUUCCACCUUCCCCUAAACAGCCAGACUCCACGCGCCUGCCCCAGGCCUCUUCCCCUCAGGUGGUUGAGGCUGGAAUCUGAUGCUGAUUGUCACCCGAGGUAGAGUUGGUUCCCACCAAGCUCUGCUCUGCUCCGAGGGCUGAGAAUAGAAUAAGUGCUAAUAAAAUAGGUGUGGUUUA